AUGUUAGCGGUACAACCUCGUCGGUUGUUGUCGCGACCGAGAGGUUUCCUACUUAUCGCCGUUUUUGCAGCCACUCUGUACUGGACCCUGCUGCAUAGCUAUACCGCUCCUCAUACGGCGAGGUGGUUUGCCGAAAACUCCGCGCCGGCACAAGCUCAGGUUCAAACUCAAGGUCAAAGUCAAAGUCAGGCACAAGCACAGGAUCAGGUUCAGGCUCCUCUAAAAGCUAAUGCUGAAUCCAAACCUGUCCAAGCUCCCUUACCACCAACCGAGCCUAGUAACAACGAGAAAAAUCAGCAUGCCCAAAUCGAAGUAAACGACCCGAAGAAAGAGGAGGAGUUGGAGGAAAAGAAGCAUAAGGAAGAAGAGCAAAGAGAAGAAUACGUACGAGAACAAUUUGAUAGGGAAUAUGAUGCGCUUGCUAAAGAACCCGGUGCCGAUGCUUUGUUUGGGCAGACUCUUAAUACUCUAGAUCCCGAAAAGGAACGAUCCCUCACUAUCGACGAUCACUUAGCGCUUACCCAGAACAAACCAAGGUUCGCCGAGCAUAACACCUACGUUUACAACCCAUAUCCCAAGUACAACGAAAAGGCGUGGCUUGCUGAGAGAGCCGAGCAUGUAUCUUGCGAAGGUCCAGGUGGCGCACCUGUAGGGGAUGUAUUGGUUUUCAAAGGCCAGCCCAAGAAGUUCCCUGAACCCGGAUUUGGGAGCUACAGUGUCCUUGGCAUGGAUGGCAAUUUGUGUUAUGAGCGUGAGACACGGUUAGGUAUCUAUGGCUAUAAGUCGGAUAAUGACCACUCAGCUUCGAUGGUCGAUUGGGAUAGCGUUCGAUGGGGCCAAUUACAAGAGAAGUGUGCCUGGAAAAACAAGGCUCGCUACGAUAUGAAGGGGCAGUCUAAUCCGUACCUGAGCACCGUGUACACGCGUCAAAACUCGAGCGCCUCGAGUGUAGAUGGUGGCAACGAACGCGAUCCUGGUGCUUCGGAGCUCCCUAGAGAAGACUUGAAGAAAAAGGGAACCUCGUCGAUACGGCGAAGAAGGAGUCUUCUCGAAAGACGCACAUCUGGCACGUCUAAACCCAGUACCGUCCGCGAAGAGAGAACCGCACUUCUAUUACGAACUUACACUGGCAAGCAAUAUACCGAAAAUGACAAGCAGGUGAUCCGAUCUUUGAUCUCCGAGCUUUCCUUGCGCACCGGAGGUCUAUAUCAGGUGUUCCUCUUCGUCCACGUCAAAGAAAGCAACUAUGCGAUUUGGGAGGACGAGGAAGCUUACCAAUAUGUUCUGAAACGAAAUGUGCCUCCGGAAUUUAGGGACAUUGCUAUCCUUUGGAAUGACGAGGCCACACAGAGCAUGUACCCUAAGAUCGACCCUAAGAAGGCGACUGUACAUGUCUCGCAGUGGCUAUCGGUUCAGAAGUUUGCCCAAGAGUUUCCCGAAUUCGAUUACAUCUGGAACUGGGAGAUAGACGCGAGACUCACCGGCCAUAAUUAUGAUUUUGUUGAAAAGUUGGUCACAUUUGCCAAGCGUCAACCGCGACGAGGAUUAUGGGAACGCAACGAGCGCUACUACAUACCAUCCGUUCACGGUGAUUACGACACGAAGUUCCGGAAAGAGGUUGAGCGCGUAUCAGGGAAGGAAACCGUCUGGGGCCCGCCAAAACUGCCUUUUGUUAACCCUGUAGGACCGAAACCACCUGUUGCAAAGCCUGAAGACGACGACUAUGUGUGGGGCGUUGGUGAAGAAGCAGAUCUGAUUACCGUGGCCCCAAUUUUCAACCCCGUUAACAGCUCUUGGAUCAUUGGUAACGAAUUAUGGGGAUUCAACGAUUCCACGCACGCAACUACAGACCUACCGAGGAGGGCUACUAUUGUAACACACUCAAGAGUGUCCAAGAGGCUUCUCGACAUCAUGCACGUUGAGAACCUUCGCGGAAACCACAUUGCAUCCGAAAUGGUUACGCAAACUAUCGCGCUGCUUCACGGUCUUAAGGCAGUUUACGCUCCGAUGCCGGUCUUCUUCGAUAGACCUUGGAAAGGCAAGGACCUUGCCAGGUGGUUCAAUGGCGGACCGAAAGGUGAAAGCGGAGGUGUCGGCUGCGCCAUGGGCUGGGGACGAGAAGCUAGAUACCGCGGAAGCACGUGGUAUUACAGAGCAAAUCCUCCCCAGCGACUGUACCUGAACUUCAUGGGUUGGGAAGAUACAAACGUAGGUGGCAAAGAGUGGGAAGAACUCUAUGGGCGGCCCUGCUUACCACCGAUGUUACUUCACCCCAUAAAAGAUGUCGAGCCAACGGAACCUGGGUUUAAGAGCGAAUCGAAUCUCCCUUAUUCUUAA